AGGAUUCCAUGUGAACAAUUGCAGUUUAUCAUGGUUCUCGUCAAGUGAUGUCUCUAUCGACAUGUUGUGAUCGUGUGUUGUUCACAUUGACAUGCAGAAUGGUACUAUCGACCCUAGCUUCUCCAACAGCAUCUCAAACAUGAGCAUGAAUCUGCCUCCAAUGUCGUCGCAGGGGAUGCCCACCAACCAGGCCGCCCAUCAAAACAUUAACAAUCGGGACAUGCAAGGCAUUUCUCCUGUGCAAGUUUCACGAAACGUACAGAGACAAGGAGAUGCAGCCAAUGCUCCUCCACAUGGAUCGUUCGGAUUUGGAGCGGAAGGGAUACCGACGAUCAGCCAUGCAGGACAUGGCAUGAGCUUCGCUCUCCCAUCUGUGACGAGUGAGAGCGUGGCAGCCCUCG